CUGCCUGCCUGCCUACGGCUUGCGGAACCGAAACUCCUCUCACCAUUCGUUCGUGGUCAGCGCUAGAGUUACCAUCGCAUCGCAGCAGCUCCCAGUGCCGUUUUCGGUUUCGUGUCGCGUGGUCGAGUUCAAGUCGAGUGUGUUGUUUACCUACUCUCUUCUUCUACGGUGAGGAUGCUGAUGAUAACUGUCAAAAGUCAAGCGCCCGCCGGAUCGCGUAGCUUGCUUUGUUGUUUGUGAAAUUGGCUUGUUCGCACACACAAGUCGCGUGUGAGAUAUGAUAAUUCAGAGAUAUUUGGCGGAGGCGGUCGGUCGAUCGCGUUUGUGGUGAUUAGUGAAGAUUUGCAUAAAAUCCUAUCGAAAAAUUGAUACUUUGUGCGAUCGAGGAGAGAAAAUAAAAACGUGAAAUGCAAAUCUGCAUGCUUAUGGAAUACAGCUGUGACGGUCAACCGAGAGUGAAAGAAGUGAAAAAUGCGCUUCAUCCGCGCUGCUAGUUGAUGAUACCGAUCAUCCGAAAGUAAAAGUGAUCAACUCCAGUGAGUGUGUGUUGUCGUCUGUUGUCUAAUCGAUUGAGUCAGCGCCAGCGACUUGUUCCGCGGUGAUCCAAUCUCUUCGCUGAGAAGAAUGUGAAAUUUUCGACCCUGCAGGGUGAAAUGUGAGAGUGAAACCCUUCGGGUCGAAACCGAUACGAUCGAAGUGAUUUGUUUUCAUUGUCAGGGAUGUUAAACAGUUUUGACUGUUUGAUGUGUGCUUUGUGAAGUGACCGAUAAAUCGGAAGUUUUCUUUUUGUGCUUCGAAGAAUCGUGUUAAAAUGUCACCCCGGCAACGACAUCGACGUUGACGUUUUUUGCCUGUACCGGAACAGACCGAAUUGAUAGAAAAAAACGGGGUGAACCAGAUAAAACGAAUACAACAAAGUAGUGGCCAAACGGUAAACACAGCAGCCAUUUUAGUGUUUUUUUUUCGUUACCUGAAGUUAACGAAGCCAACUUGUUGGAUUUCGGUUGUAGCGACUACGUGAGCAGCGAUUGACCAGUAGUGGCGCCUACUGUCGUCGGCGGAAUACAUCAAAAGAGGGCGAAUUGCAGCGCCUACUUCAAUCAUUCGCAGGGGAACAAAGUGAAAGAUCAACGGCGUCACCAUGUGCAGCAAAAACAACUUCGAAGUUUUGAUGGAGAAAAUCAAUACGGGUAUCCCAACGUGCCCGAUUAAUUUAUCCACACUGCGCACCCGGUUGCCCGACAUCGGCAACUGGAACCUCCCGCACAUAUGUAAGGAAGCCGUCACAAACAACAAUAACAACAGCAGCAACAACAACAACGGCAGCAGUGUUGCCACCAUCGUCGUCGGUUCGGACGGAACGACCACCAUCGGCAGCAACUAUAGCAACAACCUCACGACGGCUGCGGCGGACGCCUUCUACCAGCCCCAGUCGCUGGGCGCCCUAUCGACACUGACGGUCUCGACGACCGUCACCAGCUGUGGCGGCGGCGGCAACACGUCACCCGGUACCACAACGACGACAACGCAGCAACCAUUGCCGCAGCACUACUUCAACCAGGUUGCUCUGCAACAGCAGCAACAGCAACAGCACCAGACUAAUCUGCACAAGUUCUACAAGGCGCACAAGAAGAUGCCGGGCUUUCGCGGCCGGAGAGGCUGGUGCGGGUGUUUGCAGGAUGACGAACCACCCGAAAUCUGCGUGGUGGAGGGGGUCUUCUCCCUCCAAACCCUCACCCCCACCCAACCGAUGCCGGCCGUCGAUGAGUUGGACAGCAAGUUCGCCGAACUGGUCGAGGAACUCGAUCUCACCGCACCGAACAAGGCGGCCAUGCUGAGCCUUCCGCCUCAGAAGAAAUGGCAAAUCUACUGUUCCCGCAAGAGCCCCCUGGACGCGACGGACCCCAGUGGAGCCCCACUUCCGGGCGUCAAUCUCCCACCCUCCCCGGAGCAUUACAUCGAACGGCUCAAGGACAUGGCCGUCCAGCUAAAGGCGUCCUCUCCGGACGAAUCACCCUCGCACGAGUACAGUCCGAAAAUCGAAUCUCACACCGCCCUGUUCGAUGCCCUGAAGACGGCCCUGCGCACCUCGGCGCACAGCUUCGUCAUUCGGUUCAUCGAGCUGCAGGGUCUGCCGGCACUGCUGGAACUUCUGCAGGCGCUGGACAUCCGGGUGGCCAACAGUCCGCUGCACACCAGCCUGAUCGGGUGCAUCAAGGCACUGAUGAACAAUUCGACCGGCCGCUCGCACGUGCUAGCCCAUCCCACCGGUAUCGAUACGAUCGCGCGCUCUCUGGCGGCGGACAACAUCAAAACCAAAAUUGCCGCCCUGGAAAUCCUCGGUGCCGUGUGUCUUGUGCCCGGAGGUCACAAAAAAGUCCUGACGGCCAUGUUGAACUACCAGGAGUACGCCGCGGAGCGGGUUCGCUUCCAAGGUAUCGUCAACGAUCUGGACAAAUCGACCGGAGCGUACCGGGACGACGUCAACCUUAAAACGGCCAUCAUGUCCUUCAUCAACGCUGUGCUGAACUACGGACCCGGACAGGAGAAUCUCGAGUUCCGAUUGCAUCUGCGGUACGAGUUUUUGAUGCUCGGGAUUCAACCGGUAAUCGAUAAGCUGAGAAAGCACGAGAACGAGACCCUGAAUCGGCAUUUGGACUUUUUCGAAAUGGUCCGGAAUGAAGACGAAAAGGAACUGGCGAGGAAGUUCAACCACGAACACGUGGACACCAAGAGCGCAACCGCAAUGUUCGACCUCCUGAGGCGGAAGCUGAGUCAUUCAACGGCCUAUCCGCAUCUUGUGAGUCUCCUGCAGCACAUGUUACUCCUCCCAAGCACCGGUCCAAACGCCCAACACUGGUUGAUCUUCGAUCGCGUAGUUCAGCAGAUCGUCCUCCAACAGGAAGAACGUCCCUCCAGUGAGAUCGACCCUGACAGCCAGGACAAAACCUCCCAAUCUUCCCUCAAACUGCAAGAUCCGGACAUUGCCCCGCUUCAGAUCGAUGUCCGCAAAAUAGUCAAACUCUUAGUCAAAGAAGAGGAACUGGUGGCCGCCCGGACGCGAGCCGAAGACCUCGAACGGGAAAACUCCGAAAUCAACGGAAAACUGGCCAAAAAGGAACAGGAACUGGACCUGCGAACCCAGGAAAAGGAAGAUCUCGAAACCUCUCUGGCCCGGAUGCGUGAACGGUUGGAAAAGGAAAGUGCCAACCUGUCGCAAGCCGUCCAGCGGGCCAUGAACGCCGAGAUGCGGGCCGAGGAUCUCCAGCACCGGUUCGUCAGCGAACAACAGGAACGGAUACGUCUGGAACGACUAGUCACCGAGGGAAGCAUCCCGGACGACCAGAAGGUCGCUGGACUUCAAGGAUGCAACGGUCAAGUAUCUCCUCCCCCGCCACCUCCCCCUUGCAAGCUACCACCUCCACCCCCGCCAAUGAUGGCCGCUCCUCCACCACCUCCCGCUCCCGGAGGUCUACCCAAGAUCUCCAACCCUAACACAGCCAAUCAACCUGCACCCCCUAAGAUGGACGCCCCGAAGAAGAACGUUCCCCAGCCAGCCAAUCCCCUCAAGAGCUUCAACUGGUCCAAACUGCCCGACAGCAAACUCCAGGGAACCGUCUGGAGCGAGCUGGACGAUACCAAGUGGUACAACAGCAUUGAACUCGAGUCCAUCGAUAAGCUCUUCUCCGCCUACCAGAAAAAUGGCGUUGCGAACGACGGCUCGAUCGAGGAUCUUCGCUUGAUUGGAAAGAACAAGACGAAAAUCCUAUCGGUGAUCGACGGUCGACGGGCGCAGAACUGCACCAUCCUGCUGAGCAAACUCAAGAUGAGCGAUGAGGAAAUUUCCAAAGCCAUUCUGUCGAUGGAUUCCAACGAGCAACUGCCGAUCGAUAUGGUCGAACAGCUGCUCAAGUUUACGCCUUCGGCCGAGGAACGAGCCCUGCUGGACGAACAUUCCGAAGAUAUCGAUUCGUUGGCCCGUGCCGAUCGAUUCCUGUACGAAAUUUCCAAAAUACCUCACUACGAACAGCGUUUGCGCAGUCUGCACUACAAGAAACGCUUCCAGGUGACGGUGAGUGAUCUUUCGCCACGUAUCGCCAGCGUGAUGGAGGCAUCCCGCGAGGUGGCUCGUUCCCGGCGGUUGCGCAAGCUGCUCGAACUGGUCCUGGCUCUCGGAAACUACAUGAACCGCGGUGCCCGUGGCAACGCAUCCGGGUUCCGUCUGGCUUCCCUCAAUCGACUGGCCGAUACCAAGAGCAGUGCCGCCAAGGGCACCACUCUGCUGCACUAUUUGGUGCAGAUCAUCGAAAAGAAGUUCAAGGACAUCCUGUUCCUGGAGGAAGAUCUGCCGCACGUGAAGGAAGCCUCGAAGGUUUCGCUCGGCGAGAUGGACAAGGACAUCACCAUGCUGAGGGCUGGCCUGACCGAGGUCAACCGGGAGAUCGAGUUCCAUCGGAGUAGCGGAGUGCCACAGCCGGGCGACCGGUUCCUGCCGGUGAUGAGCGAGUUCCACGCGCAGGCCUCGGUGCGAUUCACCGAGCUGGAGGAUCAGUUCCAGAAUAUGAAGACGAGAUUUGAUCGAGCGGUGCGGCUGUUCGGCGAGGACGGAGCCGUGGUGCAACCGGACGAGUUCUUCGGCAUCUUUGACGGGUUCCUGUCGGCGCUGAUGGAAGCCAAACAGGACAACGAGAACUUCCGGCGGCGACAGGAGGAGGAAGAGAAACGGGCAAGACAGGAGGCCGAGCUCAAAAAGCGCACCAUCGAGCGCAAAUCGAAGGAGGGCCUGCUGAACUCGGUCGCCAAGAACCUGGGCCUCAAGUCGUCCAAGAGCUCGAACGGUUCGGCCAACGGUGGCAGCCCGGUGGCCGGCGGUGACCCCAACAACAAAGGUGAGUUUGACGAUUUGAUUUCAGCCCUGCGGACGGGAGACGUCUUCGGCGAAGAUAUGGCCAAGUUCAAGCGAUCGCGCAAGACCCGCCUGGGACCGGCCACCAGUAAUGGAGGCAGUAACACUUCUCCGCCGCGCAGCCGGAACAGCAUUGGCCGGGAGGACAGCCGGGAGCGACCAGUCGUCACCAAUCGACGGCAGUAGGAGCGGGAAGGGUAGUUGUUUGUUAUAGGGGUGUUCACCUUCUCCCAAGGUGUUUACAAAUUGUGGACGUACUUUUAGAGCAGAUUUUGAUUUAUUUUUGUUUCGCGAAAGUUUUUGUUUGUUAUAUUUUUUGUACAUUUGUAAACGAAGAAAGAGACCAAAAAUUUGCGAGUCAAGCUCAAAGAAAAUUUUCAAAAUUGUCGGAUGGUAAAUAAUAUAUGUAUAUUUAACUAAAACAAAGUAUCAGUGUAGAAAUUUAGAAUAUGUUGCGUUUAUUCCACAAAUAAGAAACAAUAGAUGUUUCGAACGAUUUGCGGCGAUAUGAGCAGAAAGAAUAUGAUAAAUAAAUGUUUAAACAGAAAUUUUUUGAGAACGUUUUACAAGAAAUCGUACUAAUUAUUAAGAACCAAAAUAACUAUAAAGCUAAAUGAAAAUUUACACACCCUAGGUGGCCAACGCCAAUCGAUUUUAAAAUGACUCUUUUUAAUAAAGCAACAAAGACGUUCUAAGCAGUUUACUAGGAAGUUGUUAAAACAUACAAAUAGUUUCCUCACUGUUUAUAGAACUGUACUUCACCAUCCGUCAAACCCUACUAAGAUCGUUUCAGUUACCAUGUUCUCCUGCUCGAAACCCAGGAAUCAACCAUGCUUCCACGCAACCGAUGGUAUUAUCGCUUAUUUUCUUUUGCACCCAAACGUCAAGCUCAAUCAGGCACCGUUGCUUUGCGGGGCCGCAUCAUUUAUUGUUUUCGUUGUAUAGUCGUACGUUUUCUUUCCACUUUUCACUUCCAAUGGCUUUGCGCCCGCGCAAAGCGUCAGUAUUCUUUUACUAAAAGGUAUUUAUAUUCUAACGCUUUCUCGUUACCCCUUAAGAAGUAUUCUUUCUAGUGACAUUAUAUGCAUAUCUUCCCCAGGGUUUUCCCCCGAUCUUGAAAUGACGAAAACCUUGCCUAAAUUCUUCGACCAAUCAAUCUAUGUUGAGCUUUCCGCGUUAGGCUUUUCUGAGUUAGGGAUGUUCUGUAUAUAUACGCUAGAAAUUUGUAAUCGAUAAUCGAUAAGAACCAGGAACGAAAAAUCACAAAUGCUAUUAUAUGAAGGUAGAAAUCAACACUUUUGAGAGAAACGUAGUUUAGUCAGAUGUUGUUCCCCCAUGUUUUAAAAAGUGAACUAUUACGAAAGGAGAAACAACCAGUUAGUUUAGCGAAUUGUAAACGUUACGCGUCAACAAAGAGGUUUUAAAAUUGCACUUUGAUCCCAUUUCGCUGUGCUCAUUCCAUUUUUGCCCUCGUAACAUAUUAGCGACCAUAGUAUCUAUUGAAAAAAAAGUUUAAACUUCAUAUAAAAACAAAUCACAUUCACAUUUACGUAUACUCACACCGAUGUUAGGAUAGUCUACUGCCGUUGGAUAGAUGUUGCUUAAUGAAGGAAAAAAAACAAUAGAACAAACAGUAUAGCAGCUUACACUUUCUUCCAUUUUUUCUACUAAAUCAUAAUCAUUCAUCCGUCAGAAAAGGCACAGAGAAACGUAACACGCAAACAUUUUUUCGGAAACCGUUUUUUCUGCUCUCGAUAGAGGGCAAACACACACAUUCGAGAAGAUUGAAUAAAAUUGCCAACCGCCGAAUCAAGUAGAAUCCGUACAUAACCUUGAAAUAUAUAUAUCAUCGCGAACGGCAAGUUGGAUUAACAUACAAUAUAUACACCGAAGUUGGAGGUACCGUAUAAGGAAAACAACAAGUCAAAACAAAAUAAAGUAACAGUGGAUUAGUUGUCGGAGUAAUAAAAGAAUAUCGAAUAAUA